CCGUCGUCAUCUUGGGUAUCCUGGAGAACUUUGCCCUCGAGGAGAUGGUUCACAGUAAUUCACGGUAGAACCGCCCCACACUGAUGCGGUCGCAUGUACCACCCGACGUUGUGCAUUGCAUCGCGCGCUACAUCCAUGACAGCGGCACCUUGUUUGCGCUUCUCCAAGCAUUGAAUCAUGUCCAAGUACUCGGAGCCCUCGAGCCACUCAGACGUCUGGGCCUUGUUCUUCCGCGGGAUGCGCUGUGGCCCCACCUUUGCGCGGACCUGGACCCCCGUCCCCGCGACGCGGAAUUGCCUUUCCAAGUGUUCCACGACCUAGCGCUCGUACCCAUCGCGUCCGUCCGAUGUUCAUCUCUUGAUACAAGAGGUGAGUGUGCCGCUCAGUUGGCGCCAGUCCUGCCCAGGCUGCAGCAUCUCCGUCGCCUCGAGCUGCGUCGUUGGUCAACGUCGCAGUCGUCGAACGUUUGGUGGCAGAGUUGCCCGCAUCGACAGUCACCGAGCUCAUCCUGGAAGGUCUCGACGACAUGCACUACCGCAGCGACGCGGAUCAAGUUCUCUCCGACGCUAUCGUGAAUGGCAUGUCGACUUGGUUGGAGACUGUGCGCACUGCGACGACGCUGUCGCUGGACAAAUUUCUCUUCGAGUGCGAAACACAAACGGCGGACCGAUUCAUGCUGGCGUUGCAAUCGUCAGCGCUGACGGUCCUUCAACUGAAUGCGUGCCGGAACCGGCUGAACUUGGCGCUGCCCCCGACACUCGCGCACUUGACCCUCUCCAACACGAGGUCGUCGCUGCAGUCCCACCAGAACAUCGUCGACGCCCUCGACAACACAGAGUCGAGACUUCAGACAUUGGAUCUGUCGUGGCACAGCAUGUAUCCAGAGUACUUUUCCCUUCUCGCGGAGGCGCUUCCGACCUCCAACCUGGUGCAGCUCGAUCUGAGCUACAGUCGCGUGAUGGACGACGGCGCGCAUGCGCUCGUGUCGGUGCUGCCUCAAACGCGCCUUCAGGAGUUGGACCUGAGCUACAACGAGAUCCAAGACGACGGCGGCAUGGGGCUCGCCAUUGCGAUUCGCAUCACCCCCAACCUUCGCAAGGUGAGCUUGCAGGGCAACUUCCUCGGCGAGCCCAGCCUGAGGGCGCUCGUCGAUGUGGUGGCUCAUCGAACGGACCCGAUGACGUGCCUGGAUUUGAAAUACAACGACAUAUUGUCCCCCGACGCCGUGGAAGGAAUUCGCGCCCUCAUGGCGAAUGUGAUGCUCCGACUUGGCACGACCUGCGUGGUCUUGGUUGAUCGACAAGCCCCGCCACGGCAGACCGUCAUCCACGUCCCGCAUCCACUGCCCCACCACUCCCAGACGACGUGGUCAGCCCAAGCUUUCCUUGCCUCGUUCCCAUAUCGUCACACGCUUUGCAGAGCUAGAAAUCGUUUGGUGGAGGCGAAUGUCGCGUCAACUGGUUCAUGUUGGUUUUUGAAAGGAUGUACGCAAACCCCACGUUUCCGUCGUCGCACGCUGCCAUCCCGACACACGCAUAGCGUCGAAGAGGGCUGAAGCAGU